AAAUGUCAAAAUCUGGGCAGUGUAGCUCGUGUCAUGGGAGGUUGUAGCCGUAUGUAUUGAUUAACACUGCGAUGAUUUCGAAUUUCAAUACGUGUUGUUUUGCGUUUCACGUCGGAUAAUUGUAAUCAAACGUGUUAUUAUGGACAGUGGGAGUUCGUUAAACCAGUCAGUUGUUUUCAACACAGUUAACACUCGAAAUGCAGCGGAGGCCUGGAUUUUAUAUCGGGCCCAUUUGAUAACCUAUGAACCUGUGAAUUUACAACGCCUAUAACCUAUUGUGUUUUACGAUGAAGUUAUAGCUGUGUGUUGUUAAUGAUAUAAACUAGAAAUGUCGAGCUUGAAAUCAGCAGGUUUACAACCUAUCGAGGUCCCGAAAUGUAUGAUAGAAGGAGAGAAAUUCAUCAAAUGGGAUGAGGACAGUGGAGUAGGCACCCCAGUCACUCUGAGGGUGGACGAAAAGGGCUUCUAUCUCUACUGGACUGACCAGAACAAGGAGGUUGAUCUGCUGGACAUCGCUACCAUCAGAGACACCAGGACAGGCCGAUAUGCUAAAAUACCCAAGGACCCCAAACUGCGUCAAAUCGUCACCAUGGGCUCACAGGACACGCUGGAGGAGAAGACGGUCACAAUCUGCUGCGGCCCAGACUUUGUCAACCUCACGUUCUUUAACUUCUGCUGCACCAAGAAGGAGAUUGCUCAACUCUGGACCGACACACUCCUCAAACUUGCCAUCUCGCUGUACCAGCUCAACCUUCCAGCCGUUACGUUUCUACAAAAGGCGCACACCAAACUCUCCCUCAUGUUGGAUAAGGCGGGCAAAAUACCAUCGAAAAACAUUGUAAAAAUGUUUGCACAGAACAAAGAAGACAGAAAAAAAGUUGAAAAAGCAUUGGACGCUUCAGGGUUUCCAUCAGCAAAAAAUGAUGCCAUCAGUCCUCAAAAGUUUACAUUUGAAGACUUUUUUACAUUCUACAAAAAUUUAACAGCAAGAUCGGAAGUAGAGAAGAUAUUUGAGGAGCUAUGCGGGUCUACCAAGCGGAAACUGAUGACAGCUCCACAGCUGGUGGACUUUCUCAACAAGACUCAGAGGGACCCAAGACUGAAUGAGAUCCUACAUCCUUACGCAAACCCAGCCAGGUCGAAGGACCUGAUCAGCCAAUACGAGCCCAACAAGUACAACGCCAUGAGAGGUCAACUGAGUCUGGAUGGCUUCCUGAGAUACCUGAUGAGCGAAGACAACCCUGUAAUGGCCACCAGCAAGAUAGACCUGUGUGAUGACAUGGACCAGCCACUAGCACACUACUUUAUCAAUUCUUCCCACAAUACGUACCUGACAGGCCACCAGUUGACUGGAAAGUCCUCGGUGGAGAUCUAUAGGCAAUGCCUGCUGGCAGGCUGCCGCUGUGUGGAGCUUGACUUCUGGAACGGACGCACGGAGGAACCAGUCAUCGUACACGGAUAUACCUUUGUGCCUGAAAUCUCGGCACGAGAGGUGAUAGAGGCUAUAGCUGAGUCUGCUUUCAAGACGUCAGACUACCCGGUUGUGCUUAGUUUUGAGAACCAUUGCAACCCGAGACAACAAGCCAAGAUAGCUCAGUAUUGCAGGGACUACUUUGGUGACAUGUUGUUAGACACACCCCUGGACUCUCAUCAGCUGGAACCAGGCGUUCAUUUGCCCCCUCCUGGACUACUCAGACGCAAGAUCAUCAUCAAGAAUAAGAAGAAACAUCACAAGAAGUCAGUGGCCAGUGGGAAAGUGGCAGCAGGCAAUGGAGACGUACAGCAUGUGGGACCCGUGAGGCAAGGCAGCAAAGACAGUGGACAAGAAGAGGACGACAAUGAUGAAGACAGCAGCAGCAGCAGUAGUGGGGAAGAAGAGGAAGGUGCCAGUGUGUCGGAGAUGAAGAUGCAGUUGCAAGAGAAACCUCCGGACAAAGUGUCUACAACUAAGGAGACGGAGGCUGUGGCGGAGAUAUCUGCUCUAGUCAACUACGUGCAGCCUGUACACUUCACGUCCUUCGAGGUCUCAGAGAAAAAAAACCGUUACUACGAGAUGUCUUCGUUUGACGAGAAGCAAGCCACGACGCUGUUGAAGGAACAUCCGAUAGAGUUUGUCAACUACAACAAGCAUCAGCUGAGCCGGAUAUAUCCUGCCGGGACUAGGUUCGACUCUUCCAACUUCAUGCCUCAGGUGUUCUGGAACGCAGGGUGUCAAUUAGUGGCCCUCAACUACCAAACACUAGACCUAGCGAUGCAGCUGAAUCUGGGCAUUUUUGAGUACAACCAUCGUAGCGGAUACCUGCUGAAGCCGGAGUUCAUGAGGCGUAGAGAUCGCAGGUUCGAUCCCUUCGCUGAGUCCACUGUGGAUGGCAUCAUCGCUGGCACUGUAUCUGUCCAGGUGCUGUCCGGUCAGUUUCUGACUGACAAGAGAGCUGGGACGUACAUUGAGGUGGACAUGUACGGAUUGCCUGCUGAUACUGUAAGAAAGAAGUUCCGCACCAAGAUAGUUCCUAACAACGGCAUCAACCCUGUCUAUGACGAGGAACCUUUUGUUUUCAAAAAGGUGGUAUUGCCAGAGCUAGCUGUGAUACGCAUCACAGCGUAUGAAGACAGUGGCAAGUUUAUCGGCCACAGAGUGUUGCCUGUCGUAGGUCUGUGUCCAGGCUACAGACACGUGUCUCUGCGCACAGAGGGAGGGCAACCUCUCCCACUGGCUACACUGUUCCUCCUCAUCGUGGUCAAGGACUACGUGCCAGAUGGACUCAGUGACUUUGCCGAGGCUCUUGCUAACCCCAUCAAGUAUCAGAGUGAGCAGGAGAAGAGGGCUGUACAACUCAGCGUGUUCACUGACGACGCUGACGUGGACAACGAGCAGAGCAGCGCAGGUCCAGGAGAUACCCCUGAGGUUGGCAGUACUGUCAGCACCAGUGGACCAGUCAGGGUGGUCAAGCCUCGGGCCCAGUCUAUGGUGCCAGAGAUGUCAUCAGCACCUGCAGUAUCCGCAGGGGUUGGUGUCCACAGGUUGUCUAUUGCCCCCGCCACCCUCCUAGCAGUAGCAGACAUGGAAGAACCUACCCCUGUCAUACCCCCGGUGGAGCAUCCCCCCACUACCAAGAGUCCACAACAAUCACCAUUGUGCUUGAGUGAUGAGCUGGUCGCUGAGUCCUUGGAAAAGCUAAUGGAGAACAAAGUCGUCAAGGAAAAGAGAACGGAACUGGAUAAAAAACUGGAAGCCUUAAAAAAGAAGCACGAAAAGGAAAGAAGUAGAAUACAGUCUCAGAAGUCUUCCUCCGACUCAGAGAAGAGCAAAUCAAAAUUUUACAUGGGGAACAAACUAGUGAAGAGAUUAUCCAGUAAGAACAUCAGUGAGACGCCAGCAGCACCCAGCGAGGUGUCGGAAGGUUCUGAGUGCGAGGGAGAGUCUGUCGCUAUGAGACUACCUCGCAGCCAAUCGGAGAGGCUACUGGCCAUCAACAGGGAGCAUAUUGCGCAAGAGAGGGAACUCAGGGAAAAGUACCAUGAGCUGAUCUUUGCAGCCGCUGAAAAGGCAAUGAAGACGUCACAGAGUAACCAGCUGAAGAUGCUGCGAGUGCUGCUGGAGAAGGAGACUGGAGAUGUGAUGAGGAGAUUACAAGCUGUGAGACGUAGUGAGGUCAAAGAACUGGCCAAAGUGCACAAGGACAAGGAUGAGGUCAUGAGAAUGAAGCGGGAAGUGGCAAGCACAAUUGUGGAGAAGGGAGUGAAUGAGAGGAUUCGUCUGACGCAGAUAUAUGAGAAGAAGAAGGAAGAGUUGCUUCGACAACAGCAAGAAGUGCAAACUCAGCUUGAAGAAGAGAGAGCAAAGGCAAAGGCAGCACUCCAACGUGAUUACGAAGGGCGUUUGCUGUCGUCUCGUGUGGAGGAGGAAGGGGAGGGAGAGACCAGUCCAGUCACAACACACCCCUCUCCCACCCCCCACCAGUGAGCCACAGACUAGAGUGUCAUAUAGGCAUUACUUGCGCUCCUAGCCCAGUCUGUGCAGAAAGACUGAUGUGGAAACCAGUAUUUAUGGAGUGGAUUCAGCAAUACUAUAGUUAAGUGCCCACUCCCCACUCCCUCUACUUGCCUGUGCCUCCCUGUAGUGUAAGAUGAUGCAGAUGACCAAAUCAACAAUAUGUUUGUCUUUCUCCCUCGACUCGGUGUUCUAGUCCAAUAAGUAGAGAGGAUCGAGCGUCCGUCGUGUAGCUAAGGUUUUUGUAUGACGCUGUUUUCGACCAAUCAAAGUCGGUUAACAUUUAUUUAUCGACAGGGUGUCUUUGAAACAGUCUCGGAGAAUUGUAAACGCUAGUAGCUGUGUACGGGUCCAAAUCUCAGUGUUUCCACUGACCGAGAGAAGGUUUGUGACCAUAUUUAUGUUUUAGUGGUAAAAGCUGUUGUAGAAUCGAAUCUUAGUUGCUGAUGUUAAGAGGUUGAAAAUAUUCUCAAUCUAUAAGAAACUGUUAGGUAAAUAGUUGACAGCUGAGUUUCUGUCUCCAUACGCUUGUAAGAUUAUAGUGCGAUUUACUCAAAUUUCCUGGACACCCUGUACAACUGUCAUGAGACAAUCAUCACGUAUGUUUCCAUUGAUUUAUUCCGUGGCUGUGCUUAGGAUUUACCAUCAGAUUCUAACUAUUUAACUAUCCGAAUGUGUGUUUUUUUAUUAGUAUUUUUAAUACUGUCGUCAGUGUGUUCUGUUUGUUGUUUUGCAGAUUUCGAUGGGUUUUGUAACGAAACUUGUAAAUUUAGGUAACGUCUAAAAGUUUUCCUUUUUGUGACUGUUUCUGCUGCGGGUUCCCAAUCAGUUGAAGGGUUUUAACUCUCACAGUGUGUAAACAAAUCUAUAUUGUUUGAAACAUUGUUAUUAAAUGUAAAAGAUGUUUAUUAAGUUACGUUUUAUAGAAUUUUAACCCGGAUUUUGUGUUGCAAAUUAUAGGGUAUCGUAGAUUACUUGGAUGUUUACUAAUCCUGCUAAAAGUCUGUGAUAAAAAGAAAAGAAUUAUGCUUUUUAAACAUGUUUGUUUGUGACGUAUCAAGAGGUUUAUUUGAUCCUGUUAAUUGGUUUGGUUCGGCGAAGACAAAAGACGCAAUCCUUCUGGACCUACAGCUUUCUCAGUCACAGAGUUGAAUAAACAAUGACAAGCUUUUGUGAAUAGGAUUCUAGAGUUUGCUUGUAAAGUGUCGUUGUUAUAGUUAUAGACUUUGAAUAGAUUUAAGGAUACAAGACCCACCAAUCAUUAGCCUAUCAUUAGAUAUGUGUAGUUUACAGGAAUGAUGUAACAACUAACAAAUAUUUUUAUAACAUGGCAAUAUUUGUUGUUUUACAAAACAGUACUCAAAAGUAUAAGAACUAACUUGAAUUUUCAGAAGAAAGUGCAAUUAAGUUUUGGUCGUAUCUAUUUUGUUUUAAACCGAGUAGAUUAAUCAAUUAACAAAAAAGAAGUCACAAAACAAAUAAUACUAAAAUGUAUUUUUUUGCACUCUUUCUAAAUAUGUUUCUUAAUUGAUUGUGCACUUUUACUGUAAUUUGAAAUACCACAGUAUUUUUUUUAUAAUAUUGAUCUAAAAAAUUAAGUAUUAACCAUUUAGUUUGAUUAGGGUUUGUUUGGUUGGAGUUUCCCUGCAGCCAAUAUGUGUGUUUUUUUUUUAAACCUUUUUAUUUAAAAUUUAAUAUUUUAUGUAAAUAUAAACCACAAAUAAAGGCUAUCCAGAAAAUAAAGAACGUUUUGUCAGAACGCCGCUAGGCGCACGCUGAUCUCGUACAUUUUGGUGCGUGCACACUCGGCAACUCAGUCGGCGUCCAGCCGUGACAACGGGAGCAUUCUUGG